CCCGGCGGUUGCUCUCCCCUUUUCGCCGCCGGUCCCUCCCCUCUCGCCUCGGGGCACCCAUCCGCGCCUCCUCCUCGGCUUGCAGGGUGUUUUGCGCUUGGACCAAGGGCAGCUUUUCACAGCACGACUCGGUGGAAAUGAAUGCACAUCCCAUAAAAUGAUUGCUUGAUUUGCAGUUCUUGGAGCUGUAGACUAUUAUUUUGUCCAGUUUCACCACAUGUGCUUCUUGUUUGACAGAGGAUUUACUUUGUGCAACCUUCCUGUAUGACAAUGUUUGAUCCUGCUCACAAAACUCAAUACAUCGAUGGGCAAAGAGAAAUGUUUAAAAGAUUGGAUGAGUCGAGUCCUAGGUCAUCUGUGCCUUCUGAAGUGGGAGGGAGGAGCAGCCUGAGGUUCAGCAUGCCUAGUUUUGGUUAUGGUUCAUUUAAUCCCAUAAGAUCUUUCUUGUCAGCGCUGAGAAAGGGCUUUGGAAGACUCAAAUCACUUACAUCUAGUGCUCCUAAGACAACUUUAGCGGAAGACCUUAAAUCUUAUAAGAAGACUAUAUUUGAUCCUCAGGAAAAAUUUCUCUUUCGAAUGAAUUGGUUUUGCUUCCUAUCAUGUGUUUUUGCUGUUGCCGUGGAUCCACUAUUUUUCUUCCUACCCAUCAUCGACGACAAGUCAAAUUGCAUUGGCAUAGAUAAAAAAUUGGCAGUUACAUCAACAAUAAUACGGACAAUUCUGGAUUUGGUCUAUCUCAUCCGUGUAUUUCUUCAAUUCCGCACUGCUUAUGUUGCUCCAUCUUCUCAAGUGUUUGGAACAGGUGAGCUUGUGAUUGAUCCAGUGCGAAUUGCGAUCCGGUACUUAAAGGGUUACUUUGUAAUGGACUUCUUUGCGUUGCUACCACUUCCACAGAUUGUUGUUUGGAGAUUUCUCCAUAGUUUGGAUGGUCCAGAUGUACUGUCAACAAAAAAUGCAUUGGUUUGGGUUGUGUUGAUUCAAUAUAUUCCAAGGUUGCUAAGGAUUUUCCCUGUGACCAAAGAUUUGAAAAGGACAGCUGGUGUUUUCAUUGAAACUGCUUGGCUUGGUGCUGCUUACUAUCUUCUAUGGUUUAUGUUGGCUGGCCAUAAUGUUGGUACUCUGUGGUACUUUUUGACCAUAGAGCGUGAAGAUUCUUGCUGGCGUUCGAACUGUCAUAUCAAUGAUGGCUGUGAUAGAAGCUACCUUUACUGUAGCGCCAAUCAUAUUGGCAACUAUACCAGUUGGCGUGAUAACAGCAAUGAACUCCUUCAAGCAUGCAAUGGUACUAGUUCUUUCAAGUUUGGUAUAUUUGAACAAGCGCUGGUGUCUGGAAUACUUGGUCCAGGAAAUUUUAUCUCUAAAAUCUGUUAUUGCUUUUGGUGGGGACUACAAAGUCUAAGUACCCUCGGUCAAGGGCUUCAAACAAGCAUAUAUCCUGGGGAGGUGUUAUUCUCUAUUGCAAUUUGUGUUAUUGGGCUAAUUCUUUUUGCUCUCCUCAUCGGUAACAUGCAGACCUACCUUCAAUCAGUUGCGAUACGCCUUGAAGAGAUGAGAGUUAAGAAACGUGAUGCUGAGCAGUGGAUGCAUCACCGUUCACUGCCGCCUCAAAUAAGAGAGCGAGUUAGAAGAUAUGAACGCUACAGAUGGUUGGAGACCAGAGGAGUAGAUGAAGAAAAUUUGGUUCAAACUCUUCCAAAAGACCUUCGGAGGGACAUAAAACGCCAUCUUUGUUUGGGUCUAGUUAAAAGGGUACCUUUGUUUGAGAAUAUGGAUGACAGAUUGUUGGAUGCAAUUUGUGAGCGAUUAAGGCCUACACUAUACACUGAAAAUGAAUACAUUUUGAGAGAAGGCGAUCCUGUGGAUGAGAUGCAUUUCAUACUCCAUGGCUGCUUGGAGAGUGAGACCACUGAUGGGGGGCGAAGUGGAUUCUUCAACAAGGUCCAGUUAAAGGAGGGCGCUUUCUGCGGUGACGAGCUGCUCACAUGGGCAUUGGAUCCUAAAUCUGCUGCUAAUUUCCCGGCUUCAACUAGGACAGUGAAAGCUCUUACUGAGGUUGAGGCAUUUGCAUUGUGUGCCGAGGAGCUGAAAUUUGUUGCCAGUCAGUUCAGGAGGCUCCACAGCAGGCAAGUUCAGCACACGUUCCGGUUCUAUUCCCAGCACUGGAGGACAUGGGCAGCCUGUUUCAUCCAAGCAGCAUGGCGCCGCUAUUACAAGAGGAAGAUGGCCGAGCAGCAUCGCAAGGAAGAAGAGGCUGCAAACCGGCAAAGCAGCAGCAGCAACCACCACCCUAGCCUCGCAGCAACCAUCUACGCAUCUCGCUUUGCAGCUAAUGCACUCCGAGGAGUUCAUAGGCUCAGAAGCAGGGCCAGCCCUACUAUUGUCAGAUUGCCGAAGCCCCCAGAACCAGACUUUGCCGUCGAUGAAGCUGACUAACCACAACAAUGGCACUAAGUGUCUGUAGUAUAAGCUGUGGAUCGGAAGGAUCAUGUAGAUCAUGUACAAAAUUCAAAUGCAGCCAGCACGGAGUUUUGCUUGUGAAAACCCUGUAAGUUUGUAACCACGGCCGUGAGCCUUAGCUGAAUACAGUGUACUUGUAGUCUGGUACUGCUAAAUCAGAUUUAUAGCCUACAGAAAAUAUGCAGAGGUGAAUCCUUUUCUUGUGUUUGUGUUCA